AUGGAAAGUCUCCCCAAAGGCUUGCUGACUACGGCAACAAAGGUAUCAACAGAGUUGGAUGGCGUGGGUCCAGUGCAUAUUGGGGAUGUCGUGCAGCUUUGGAAAGUAUACAGUGCCAAUCCAUCAGCGCAUGAUGACGACGUGGGAUAUAGGCUGGAGAACUUCUUCUGGAGAAUAUGGGGGAGUCAUUGUCUGAACCAUACUCUCCUGGGAUCUACGUUGGCCAGCCUGUUCCUACGUAUUUCCGAGCCCAACCCGUUUAGUCUGGUGCAGCUGAGCAAGGCAGCCAAAGCAGCUCAGUCAUCCAAGGGGAAUCGUGAAGGGCCCUCGGGGAGGCCGGGCGUUAAUAACGGGAAGGCACCACUUCACCCCAUACUCAAGAAGCCCCGAAACGGAAGUUCCAGCGGAGAAACACAUAAAACAACUCGUCUGCUCCUGACGGGCAUUGAUGGUCAGAGUACAACUCGCAAACCCUCGAAUCCCCCUACGCCGGUUCCUCCACCAGUGCCUACAAUGGGAGACACUGCGCCCCGACAGACGCAGAAGAAGGCGAUUUUUGUGGCAAGCAAGGCAAAAAGUAGCAAGCGUCGGCCUGUGAUAAUGCGACGCAAGUCCUCACAGCAGUCGUCUGGUACCAGUUCAACCCGUGCCCAAAGUCCACCACCAGACCCACCGCAGCUGACUCUGGAUUAUGCCCAAAGCCCACAAAUUCAAGCAUCUGGGAGUGCGUCGAAGGCUACCGUUGAUGCAUAUGAACUUAUUGAAACGAUGCCAUUGUUGAGAAGCCAUGGCGAACCUCGUUCAGACCUUGCCGUAUCCCCAAGAGACACGAAGAACGAGCUUCCCGGUAAAGGCCUCUUUAUAGAAGACGUACUCGAGAAAGACCCAGCCGAGGAAGAAAGAGCCCAAGUUGAAAGAUCCCCGGAACUACCAGAAUUGUUCUUAUCCGAUCUCAGAGAGCUUCUUGACACGGAACGACCAGAAGUGGCAUAUGUUAAGCCGCCACCUCCACGUCGAAGAGCAUUCUAUUCAGUCGAACCUUCCCUACCCGAACCCAAUUUUUUUUCAGCUACUGGAUGUCGCCGCUAUGAUGCACGAUAUCUGUCGGCGGAGAACUACGAGCAACCAUCCAGCAUGAAACUUGUUGACAAGAACUUCCGAAAGCAAUUCUCGGAUCGAGUACGCCGGGAACAAGUCCUGGUUUCUUCUCUAGGUUCACCUGAGCCAGAGACCGAACCCAAGGCAAUACUACCCAAACCAGUACGGGCUGAAUCUAGCAGCACGGUCACUAAUGACACAUCUCCAUCCCGGUUUGGGGAUUCACACGGAAAGGCGUCCACGGCUCCAAGCUCUGCCGUUCCUUUCCAACGGCCUUCAAACUAUGAGGAUUCGUUUUCAACUGACAGUCAGGGCAGUACGGAAGAGGAAGUGCCUCCAGUGUUGACCACCUUUACGAUGCCACGCAGACAAAGUCAGCUUAGUGUGAUGAUCGAGCAAAGUCGACAGCAGGGGGUAGAAGAGGGUCAGCAAGAGACGGAAGAGGUUAUUGAAGAGAUUAGAGAGUAG